AACUUCUGUUCCAAACACACACCGGUAAAAGAUGGAGGUCAACACAGCCAAUCGUUUCCAGGACCCGGUGGGCCAAUUUAAGGCCUACGAGGACUAUUUGGACUCCAAAGUGACACCGAUGGAUUUGUUUUACUUGAAAAGCAGGGAGUCGGCCCGGAAGCUGGUGGAACACGGCCACAAGGGCACGGUGCUGAGCCGGGAGGAAUUUGAGGAGCGGAAAGCAUCUGUGAUGGCGGCGGCGACGGCGGCGAGGGCGGCGACGGCCCGCUACGAGAGGAACCAUCCGAUGACGGCGUGGAACGCAGGAAGCCAAGUGAAGGAUAACUUCCUGAAGGCGCUGGGCGAGCGCGAGGAAGCCAACCGCGCUGGGAAAAUGACACUUCUACAACUGGACCACACGGGUCUCCGCCUCCACCUGCAGCCCCAACUACCAGGUCAUCUACCACGACCCCAACGGCCUCCUAUUCAGGAGGAAGCGCGACAAAAAGGUCCUGGAUGUGGACCCCCGGCGAUUGGGGGCCAAACGAGUCCUGGGCGCCGCCGGAUCCGAACCUCCAACCCGUCUCAUCUUUUGCCCUCACGCCAUUUAAGUCGGGGCCCGUUUGAAGAGAAGAUGUUUAGUUUGCGUGUCCUUUCAUCUUCCCGGCCAAGCGGGUCCCCAAACCAGAACGGACCGGACCGACAGGACGAGGCCUGA